GCUGCGCUGACGUCACUGGGCGCGCAAUUCGGGCUGGAGCGCUUUAAAAAACAAGCGUGCGAGCGGAGAUGCUGCUCCACACCGAGCAGGCGGCCUGCAGCAGCAACGCUCUCUGCCCCUGCGGCGGCUGCAGCCAGGGCCGCUCCGGAGGCCCGCGUGGCGGCAGCGGGCACGGCCGGGACCCGCGGCGCUUCUCCUCGGCGCCCCCGCCGUGGGGCAGGAGCCCAGUGCCCGGCGCUGCAGGCGCGCGCUAAGCGGCAGAGGCCCGCGGCAACCCGGACGCUGCACUCCGACCGCGGCUCGCUCCCGGCCCCCUGCCCGGGCACCAUGGACACCUCCCGGGUCGGCGUGCUCCUGUCCUUGCCGGUCCUGUUGCAGCUGGCGGCCGUGGGCGGUUCGCCCAGGCCCGGCGCGCUGCUGCGGGGGUGCCCCGCGCACUGUCAGUGCGAGCCCGACGGCAGGAUGCUGCUCAGGGUGGACUGCUCAGACCUGGGGCUCUCGGAGCUGCCAUCCAACCUCAGCGUCUUCACCUCCUACCUAGACCUCAGUAUGAACAACAUCAGUCAGCUGCCCCCGAAUCCCCUGUACAGCCUCCGCUUCCUAGAGGAGUUACGUCUUGCUGGAAACGCUUUGACAUACAUUCCCAAUGGAGCAUUCGCUGGCCUUUACAGUCUUAAAGUUCUUAUGCUGCAGAAUAAUCACCUGAGACAGGUACCGACGGAAGCUCUGCAGAAUUUGCGAAGCCUUCAGUCCCUGCGUCUGGAUGCCAACCACAUCAGCUACGUUCCCCCGAGCUGUUUCAGCGGCCUGCACUCCCUGAGGCACUUGUGGCUGGACGACAAUGCCUUGACAGAAAUCCCUGUCCAGGCCUUCAGAAGUUUAUCGGCGCUGCAGGCCAUGACCCUGGCCCUGAACAAAAUACACCACAUACCAGACUAUGCCUUUGGAAACCUCUCCAGCUUGGUAGUUCUGCAUCUCCAUAACAAUAGAAUUCACUCCCUGGGAAAGAAAUGCUUUGAUGGGCUCCACAGCCUAGAGACUUUAGAUUUAAAUUAUAAUAAUCUUGAUGAAUUCCCCACUGCCAUCAGGACCCUCUCCAACCUUAAAGAACUAGGAUUUCACAGCAACAAUAUCAAGUCAAUACCUGAGAAAGCAUUUGUAGGCAAUCCUUCCCUUAUUACAAUACAUUUCUAUGACAACCCCAUCCAGCUUGUUGGAAGAUCUGCUUUUCAACAUUUACCUGAACUAAGGACACUGACUCUGAAUGGUGCCUCACAAAUAACUGUAUUUCCUGAUUUAACUGGAACUGCGAGCCUGGAGAGUCUGACUUUAACUGGAGCCCAGAUCUCAUCUCUUCCUCAAACCGCCUGUGAUCAGUUACCUAAUCUGCAAGUGCUAGAUCUAUCUUACAACCUGCUGGAAGAUUUACCCAGUUUUUCAGUCUGCCAAAAGCUUCAGAAAAUAGACCUGCGACAUAAUGAAAUCUAUGAAAUUAAAGUUGACACUUUCCAGCAGUUGCUUAGCCUCCGAACUCUGAAUUUAGCCUGGAACAAAAUUGCCAUCAUUCAUCCCAAUGCGUUUUCCACUUUGCCAUCUCUAAGAAAGCUGGACCUAUCCUCCAACCGCCUGUCGUCUUUUCCUGUAACGGGGUUACAUGGUUUAACUCACUUAAAAUUAACAGGAAAUCAUGCCUUACAGAGCUUGAUAUCAUCUGAAAACUUUCCAGAACUCAAGGUUAUAGAAAUGCCUUAUGCUUACCAGUGUUGUGCAUUUGGAGUGUGUGAGAAUGUCUAUAAAAUAUCUAAUCAAUGGAAUAAAGAAGACAACAGCAGUACAGAUGACCUGCAUAAGAAAGAUGCUGGAAUGUUUCAAGUUCAAGAUGAGCGGGAUCUUGAAGAUUUCCUGCUGGACUUUGAGGAAGACCUGAAAGUCCUUCAUUCGGUGCAGUGUUCACCUUCCCCAGGCCCCUUCAAACUCUGUGAGUACCUGUUUGGCAGUUGGCUGAUCAGAAUUGGAGUGUGGACCAUCGCCAUUUUGGCGCUUACUUGCAAUGCCUUGGUGACCUCGACCGUGUUCAGAGCCCCUCUGUACAUUUCCUCCAUAAAACUGUUAAUCGGGUUAAUAGCAGCUGUGAACAUGCUCAUGGGGGUCUCCAGCGCUGUGCUGGCGGGUGUGGACGCGUUCACUUUUGGCAGCUUUGCCCAGCAUGGGGCGUGGUGGGAACAGGGGGUCGGUUGUCAAGUCGUCGGGUUUUUGUCCAUUUUUGCUUCGGAAUCAUCUGUUUUCCUGCUCACUCUGGCGGCCCUGGAGCGUGGCUUCUCUGUGAGAUGCUCUACAAAAUUUGAAAGGAAAACUCCUUUCUCCUGUCUGAAAGCAGUCAUUCUGCUCUGCGCGGUGCUGGCCUUGACCAUCGCCGCAGUUCCGCUGCUAGGGGGCAGUGAGUUCAGUGCCUCCCCGCUCUGCCUCCCCCUGCCCUUUGGCGAUCCCAGCACCACGGGCUACAUGGUUGCGCUUGUCUUGCUCAACUCUCUUUGCUUCCUGGUGAUGACCAUUGCCUACACCAAGCUCUACUGCAAUUUGGAAAAGGGAGACCUAGAGAACAUGUGGGACUGUUCUAUGGUGAAGCACAUUGCUCUCUUGCUCUUCACCAACUGUAUCCUUUACUGUCCCGUGGCCUUCCUGUCCUUCUCCUCCUUACUAAACCUCACCUUUAUCAGCCCUGAAGUAAUUAAGUUUAUCCUCCUGGUGAUUGUCCCGCUUCCUGCCUGCCUCAAUCCCCUUCUCUACAUCCUCUUCAAUCCCCAUUUUAAGGAAGAUCUGGGGAGCCUGGGAAAACAACCCCACUUCUGGACCAGAUCGAGAAACCCAAGCCUGAUGUCUGUUAACUCUGAUGAUGUCGAGAAGCAGUCCUGUGACUCAACCCAAGCCUUGGUAACCUUCACCAGCGCCAGCAUCGCCUACGACCUGCCUUCCAAUUCCGUGUCACCACCAGCUUACCCGGUGGCUGAAAGCUGUCACCUUUCAUCUGUGGCAUUUGUCCCAUGUCUCUAAAUCACCUGUGGGAGAAAAAGUUUUUAAACACUGAAAA